AUGGUGGAAACAACAGAAACGUCACACUCAGACGUGGCAGAUGUGCUCGUUUUGAAACCGAGUGUUCUGGAGAUGGAGAACCUGCAGGAGUAUUUGUUCAACGUGGCACCCAAACAACUUUGGGAUACCGCUGGGGUAUUCAAGAUUGUUCCUCCAGAUGAGUGGGUGCUGGGUAACAUGCAGAAGCAGACUCCCGAAUUGACAAGAGUGCUCACUAGGGGGAACGAGCUGCAAGUGAAGCAACUGCAAGUGCGUCAGGAUGGUUCCGUGCCCUUGGAGGACUACGAGAUUUUCGUGUUUGAAGAAGCGGAUGUCGACAAGAACGGGGCGGAGGCUUUGGCGAGCCAGUUUGGCGUUGGGGCCCCUGAAAACACAGAGGUGGAGUACUGGGAGGCAUUGACACAGCCACAGGCCAGCGUCAUGUGGCGGGAGGAGAAAUAUACUGCCAAAGAAGUAGACGAAUGCAAACUCAACGCUUGUGGCGUGGGCCAAAUCGUUGAGGGGGCCGCUCUCUUGAACGACUGGAAGAGCACGAAUGUGUGGAACAGUGUCCCUGAUUUACAAUUGGAGUAUGUACACAGAGGUGCUCCCAAACAAUGGUACGUCAUCGACAGGCAGGAUAAUGCAAGAUUUUCAGAGUUUGUGUUAAAGAAAAUACCGAACAUUGAGGAAAGGGACAAGACAACAGACUGUUUUGGAGGGAGUCUGUUCAUGAUUUGGCCAGAGACUCUCGUGAAGGAGAAUAUAAGGUUCAAAAAAUUCGUUCAACGGGAGGGUGAACUCGUAGGAAUAGUGCCAGACACUUUCUUCUCCGGAUUUACUUAUGGUUUUAACGUCACAGAAAGGACACACUCACAUCUCGAUCACAGUGUAAGAGACACGGGGGUCCCUCCCUUACCAGAGGGACAAGAAGACAAGAGUUUCAACUUCCACACGGAGUUGAACAAUGACAGUGCGCACAGGGGAGGCGAAGAGGCGGAUAACGAUGCCAACACUCCGGCAAAGGAUAUUAUCCUUAGCGUAUCUGCAGUCAAGCAAAGCAACAAAACGCCUAUCGGUGGUAACACUUUCUUGAACAUUAACGACUCGAUAAGUGGAUUGUCAACUCCGUUUUUAUCAAAGAUGAUGGAGGGAUCCAAUGGCUUUGAAACCACACUGGACGAUUCCUCGUCCAGCCUCAGGAAAAAAAUGUUCUCGCCCAAACUGCCCAACUUCGACAGUAAUCUGACCACAGCGGAGGACAAGAAAGUUUUACACACAUCUUUCAUGGCCAAUGGUACGCUUAAUUCGGACACACCAAUAAUGCAGAAGGGUAUGUCUAACAACACAAGCUCUAAUACGGUGAACAACUAUAACGGGUCUAACACAAGCGUAAACCCUACAUCCCUCCAUUCAUCUAAUGUACCAUCUGCUGUAUUGGAAGACAACGACGAUAAUAUGUUAGGAUUCACGCUACAGUCAAUGGCAGAUAGUGACCUGACCUCCUCGAAAUUGAAUCUACCGCCAUUACUCUCUCCGAUAAAUGACAGCGCUGCGUUCAACCAAUCGGAUCCUCCAACCGGUCCCGAUCUCAUGGAUAACCAGAACAUGGUAGGAGGUAACGGAUACAACAAUUAUACUCCAAAUAUGCCGCCAGGCAGUACUCACAAUAUGAAGGGAUGCAAAUCAAUUACUAAAGAUAGCUUUCCAAACUCGUUUCUGUACAGGUCUUCACCUCUCACAAACGAAUGUGCACCCGUGGUACCAAAUUUGUCGUCGUUGGGAAAGACGGGGAUGUCGCCCACGGCAAUGCUGUUUUCAUUGUCUAGGGAGGAUUCGAAGAGCCCAAUAACCUUCCCCAAUGAGUACAAGUCGCUCCAAUAUUCUACCAACGACAACAGCAGUUCCAGUAGGUUCAUGUAUUCACUGAAUUCGGGUUCCGAAAUUGAGCCCAUGGCAACAGAAUUGUAUCCUCUACCUUCAUUGACUGUUGGUGGGUAUCCGCCCAUCUACUCCUCACUACGCGGUAAACCAAACUUUGAGGCAAAUAUAAGACCUGAAUAUCACCACUCCGGUGGGAUAUCAAAACCAAGGAUCACUACCAUGCCGGUAAUGCUGCAAAAAGCGAUGGUAUCGAACUCACCUUCGAAAUUUUCUCCAGAGGAAAUAAUAAUAUCUCCCCAGGGGAAGACGUACAUUUGUGUUGACUGCAAAAGAACCUUCUCUUCAGGCCAUCAUUUAACGCGGCAUAAAAAAUCCGUUCACUCCUUUGAGAAGCCUCAUUCGUGUCCAAAGUGUGGCAAGAAGUUUAAAAGAAGAGAUCACGUUCUACAACAUUUGAACAAGAAAAUCCCUUGCACUCAGGAGGGUGGGUGA